AUGGGGGAGAAGUUGAAGAGGAGGGGGCCUUGGGAGAGUAGUGGACAUGUGGAUCGUAUGUGGGAGACGACUGCUAGUUGCACUAGGGAGACCGCUAGAGAGGUGUUGAGUGUCUCGAGAGGUCGAUCUAGUAAGCAUCAGGAGUUUGGUGGUGGAACGAAGAUGAUAAGAGGAAGAGUGAAGUGUUGGCCAGUAAAGAAAUCCCACGUUCAAAAGUUAAAGGUGGCAGAGAUGAGGAUGUUGCGGUGGAUGUGUGGUCAAACCAAGAAGGAUAGGGUGAGGAAUGAGAUUAUUCAGGAAAAGGUGGGAAUGGCUUCAGUGGAGGACAAGAUGCGAGAAGUGAGGUUACAUUGGUUUAUGAAUGUGAUGAGUAAGGAUGAUGAUGCGCCAGUAUGGAGGUGUGUGACACUGGCUAUGGAUAAUUUUAGGUGGUGGAGAGCCCAUCGUGAGCUUCAUCAGGUUUUAUCAUGGCCUGGUGGGUUUUGCCGUGAGUGGCACUAUCAUCACCAAGAUGUCCCUCGGCUUCCUGAGGAUGAUGCAAAGAACUCUCGAUUUGCCCAGAGGCAUAAGGAUUGA